AUGCAGGAGGACCUGGCGUGGGAGACCGACGGCCUGCUUCCUCUGGAGAGGCAGCUCCACGAGGCCGCCCGCCAGAACAACGUCAGCAGGAUGCAGGAGCUGAUUGGGAGGAGGGUUAACACCAGGGCCAGAAACCACGUGGGCAGGGUGGCCUUGCACUGGGCUGCAGGUGCGGGACACGAGCAGGCUGUGCGUCUGCUUCUGGAGCACGAGGCUGCUGUGGACGAGGAGGAUGCGGUAGGGGCCCUCACAGAGGCACGUCUGUGUUUUGGGAUGAACGCGCUUCUCCUGUCUGCCUGGUUCGGCCACUUACGAAUCCUCCAGAUCCUGGUAAACUCGGGGGCCAAGAUCCACUGUAAGAGCAAGGAUGGCCUGACCUUACUGCAUUGCGCAGCCCAAAAAGGCCACGUGCCUGUGCUGGCGUUCAUAAUGGAGGACCUGGAGGAUGUGGCCCUGGACCACGUAGACAAGCUGGGGAGGACGGCGUUUCACCGGGCAGCUGAGCACGGGCAGCUGGAUGCUCUGGAUUUCCUCGUGGGCUCUGGCUGUGACCACAGUGUCAAAGACAAGGAGGGGAACACAGCCCUUCAUCUGGCUGCUGGUCGGGGCCAUGUGGCUGUGCUGCAGCGACUUGUGGACAUCGGGCUGGACCUGGAGGAGCAGAAUACAGAAGGUCUGACUGCCCUGCAUGCGGCUGCUGGAGGGACCCACCCUGACUGUGUGCAGCUCCUCCUCAGGGCUGGGAGCACCGUGAAUGCGCUCACCCAGAAAAACCUAAGCUGCCUUCACUAUGCAGCCCUCAGUGGCUCGGAGGAUGUGUCUCGGGUCCUCAUUCAUGCAGGAGGCUGCACCAACGUGGCUGAUCAUCAGGGUGCCUCUCCUCUGCACCUCGCUGUGAGGCACAACUUCCCUGCCUUGGUCCAGCUCCUCAUCAACUCUGACAGUGACUUGAAUGCCAUGGACAAUAGGCAGCAGACGCCCCUUCACCUGGCUGCAGAGCACGCCUGGCAGGACAUAGCAGAGAUGCUCCUCAUUGCUGGGGUUGACUUAAACCUGAGAGAUAAGCAGGGAAAAACCGCCCUGGCAGUGGCCGCCCGCAGCAACCAUGUCAGCCUGGUGGACAUGAUCAUAAAAGCUGAUCGUUUCUACAGAUGGGAGAAGGACCACCUUUCAUGCAGGGACCUCAGUGACCCCUCUGGGAAGAGCUUGUCCUUUAAGCAGGACCAUCGGCAGGAAACACAGCAGCUCCGUUCUGUGUUGUGGCGGCUGGCCUCCAGGCAUCUGCAGCCCCGUGAGUGGAAGAAGCUGGCAUAUUCCUGGGAUUUCACGGAGGCGCAUGUCUACGCCAUCGAGCAACAGUGGACAGGCACCAGGAGCUAUCAGGAGCACGGCCACCGAAUGCUGCUCAUUUGGCUGCAUGGUGUCUCCACGGCUGGUGAGAACCCCAGCAAAGCACUGUUCGAGGGCCUUGUGACCAUUGGCAGGAGGGACCUGGCUGGCUGGAGUGCCGUGGUGCGAUCUUGGCUUACUGCAACCCCCGCCUCCCAGGUUCACGCCAUUCUUCUGCCUCAGCCUCCCGAGUAGCUGGGACUACAGGCGCCCGCCACCACACCCGGCUAAUUUUUUUAGUAAAGACGGGGUUUCACCGUGUUAGCCAGGAUGGUCUCGAUCUCCUGACCUCGUGAUCUUCCCCAGGGAUGGGGCGUUCCAUCUUCUGCCCUGUCCGGGAGAGUAGCUGUUUGCCACCUGAGGCUGUCGUGCACCUGAAAUGUUGGCUAGAGGGACUGAGAAGCUGAAAUUUCUUAUUUCUCAUUAUUUGAAAUUGUAGGCACCCAUGGCAAGUGGCAUCCAUGGUGCUUGGCUUUGAGGUGCCAGGCAAGCACAGCUUGUUGUGGGGCUCGGCUACACCAGCAGGGGGAUGUGUUUCUGGGGAAAUGUGGCUCUGGAAGCUUCACGGUUUCCUAGAAUGUGGAAGAUAUAUCUGUGCAGGAUAGAAAUCCUGCCCAGAGGCUGUUUCUGUCUCAUUUGAGCUCUCUUUCAUGUGGCAGAGCUGGCUGUGGCCAGUGUAGGAGCCUACAUUUGAGAAAAGCUUACCUCAAAGUUCUGCAUUGAGCCUGAGACUGGAAAGGAGAUAGAAUAAAACAGCUGACAGGGGCUUUGGCGGUCACACAUGCCUGAUGGGGUGCACAGGGCCACCGUCUCUAGGCUGGAGUGCAAUGGCGUGAUCUCGGCUCGCUGCAACCUCUGCCGCCCGGGUUCAAGUGAUUCUCCUGCCUCAGCCUCCCGAGUAGCUAGGAUUACAGGCAUGCACCACCAUGCCCAGCUAAUUUUGUAUUUUUAGUAGAGACGGGGU